AUGUGGGUAAUAUUGACCAUUGUUGUUGUCUUAGUCUCUUUGAUAUGGAGCCUGACCGGACGACCAAAAGGACUUCCGCCUGGUCCUACAUGUUACCCCAUCAUCGGAAAUGUCGGACUCUUCAAACCGUCAGAGGCUGUGACAGCUCACAGGAGACUGAGGAAGAUUUAUGGAGACAUCUAUACCAUAAUGAUCUUCCAUAAACCUAUCAUAUUUGUACACGGAUUCAACAACAUUCGGACGCUACUUGUUAAACACGGGGAUAUUUUCUCUGAGCGACCAAGGUCUCUUGCCACUGAUCUUGUUGAAGGAAAUGGUGUGAUAUGGUCAUCAGGUCUGAUUUGGAGAGAAACAAGAUCGUUUGCACUGAUAACGUUGCGUAAAUUGGGAUUCGGCAGACGUUCCAUGGAAAGCCAAAUAAUGGAAGAAGUAGACUGCUUGAUGGAGAAAUUGGAAAAAUAUGAAAACGAGGCUAUUGAUAUUCAAAAUGUACUGAAAGCAUCCACAGCUAAUGUUAUCUGUUCGCUUUUAUUCGGUAAAAGGUUUGACUAUGAUGACACAAGAUUCAAGCGUUUAAUGUAUCUGUUGUCCAAAUCGUUCAGCAGUGUCACUACAGCUUCAUCAGUUUUUCUGUUUCCAUCUUUACGCAACAUCAAGAUCUUUAACAUUGAUCCGGUUUUAGAAAAUAUUCGUGCUACAAGGACAUUUCUUGAUGAAAUAAUAGAGGAGCAUAGAAGACAUUUUGACGAGAAUCACAUCGAUGAUUUCAUUGAUGCGUUUAUUCUGGAACAAAAACAAAGAUCAAAUGAAAUCAACACUAUAUUUACAGCCGAAAAUCUGAAGCAAACUUUAGAAGAUUUCUUUUUAGCUGGCACUGAAACGACUUCCACAACACUCAGAUGGGCACUACUUUUCUUGAUUCAUUAUCCGCACUGGCAGAAAAGACUUCAGAACGAAGUUGAUGACGUCAUAGGUCAAAGUCAGCCUAAAAUGGAACAAAAAGAAAAGCUGCCAUCAGUAGAGGCGUUCAUUCUGGAGAGCGUUCGAGUAGGAAACACCUCCCCCUUUAGUGCCCCACAUGCACCCAAAGAAGACUUCUCGUUCAAAGGACACCUCUUUCCCAAAGGUACUACGGUACUGUGUCUUUUGGAUUCCGCCUUGAUGGACCCAGAAACAUUUCCUGAACCUUCAAAGUUUAAACCUGAGAGGUUUUUAGAUGGCAACGGGAGAUGUCGUGAAGACUUAAAAGACAAGUUGAUUUCCUUUUCCUUAGGACCUAGGAUGUGUUUAGGAGAAUCCCUCGCCAAAAUGGAGCUCUUCCUUUUUUUCGUGAGAUUUCUUCAGAAGUUUGAGAUAAAACCCGAGGAUCCCGAGUUUCCGCCUUCCUUAGAGGGAAAUUGUGGGGUUACUCACACUCCGAAGGCCUUUAACCUGAGACUUGUUAAACGUUAAACUGCAAUACAGUUUUGAAAUAAAAACAAGGACCAUUUGAAAAUUCUAAAUAUGGUUUGAUUCGAGUUUUAUGUAUUUGAUGUGAUAGAAAACAUUACAAUUUUUCGUAUUUUAUAAAGUCACAAUAAAAAUUUUAAUUGU